CGACUAUAACUAUUGACAUGACAUGAUAUCUAAGCACACGGCAAGUUAGUGGCAUUUUACUUAUAUUACUUACAUUUUUGCAAACAAAAGCCAAGACACAAGGUUAAAAAAUAGCAUUUAAAAUGCAUUUACUCAUUUUUUUAUUUUACAUGUUAGUACCAAAUAUUGUUUAUUGUUAAUUAAUAGUUAUAAAUAAUCUUAUUUUUUAUACAAUCAUUUUUAUUAGUAAUUUAUAUGUAUAGUUUAUUUUUCAUUAUAGUAUGUUUUUAUGAAAUAGUUAAAAAUUUAAUUUAUUACUAUAUUUGUGGUAUGAUAACACGUUCAGCCUACAACCAACAUGGCUUUUUUUGGCAUCAGCUGUUAUCACCAGUUAGCAAUCUAGUUUAUUAUCUAUUGCUAUAGUACCAACUAGGUACAAGUCAACGAGUUUCUUAAAUAUUCCGGUAUAAAACAAUUUGGUAUAAACAUUCGAAUUUCUAGCGGGACUAUAGGAACGGGAAAGGUUCUUAUCAUAAAACUCGUUGAAACCUGCAGUUCUGCAGUGCGAUCCAGUGUGAGCAAUAAUAACUAAUAUAUUAUAGAUUUAUUGUCGUAUCUAUAGCCGUGAUUUUUAUUAUCUGGUUCUUCAUAUCAUUAUUCAUUCUUAUCAUUUUUGAAUUACUGUACCCAUCGGCCAUACUCAAGCUUGCUCAUUUGAAUUUGAAUUUGAAGUUCUUAUUUGAAUCUCAUUUAUUCUGUGUAAUUAAUCUGCUUGUGUUCAUUUUUUUGUCGAUUCUUAAAAAAAUUAAUAAUGAUUGAACUUUAAAACAUAAAAAUAUAUAUAUGUAGAUACAUACAUUCUAGAAAUAUGAAUCGUUCUCGUAAUCCUAUAAAGACACAUCCAGUUGAUGGAUAUACAGAUAAUUCAAAAUUAUACGGAACCAAUAAAAGUAUUUAUUGUGUACCUCACAAAUGUAUGCCGGGCCUCAAUACUUAUUUUAUUAGUAAGAUCAACAACAUUAAUGAUGCUGUUCAGUAUUAUUCUGUACCUAAUCAGUUCAAUCUACCAAUGCCGUACAUUCCAUUUUCGGAAAUUGAUUUAAGUAAUAUCUAUGUUCUUUGGGUACGAUUGCUUAUAAUUCAACUAUUUUUAUAUUUAUAGAAAUAAAUGCUGUUUUGGAUUUGGUUAACUUAAAAACUCGAUGGAAAUUUCAAUAUGAGCAAUUAUUAAAAGCUUGCCGAAGAAAAUGUAUUAUUUUUUUUUUUAUGAUUUUUAUACAGUUAAUAAAUGUAUACAACUUAAAACAACAAAAAUUAUUUAAAUUUUUCAGUUGAUACAAAGAAAUUGAAUAACAUGAAAAAAAACAUACUCGAAUGUACUGAUACAAAGAUUCCAAUACUUGUAGCUCAUUUGACUACAAAACUGAUGGAAGACCCUGAUCAAUAUUUUAACUCAGUUAAGUAUAGUUUACAUAUAUUAAAUAUUUUUAACAAGGUAUAGUCUUAUCAUAAAUAUUUGUUUUUUUUGAAUGAUAAUAAUUUAUAAACAUUUAAAACAUGCAUUUUUUUUUAAUAAUUUUUGAAAUAUUUAAUUAUAAUUUCAGGAAUAUAAUUGGUAUUAUAAAAAUACUAUUGACAAAUUUCAAUUCAAUGAAAAAUGGUAUUUGGCUUAUGCUCGAGGUGUAAAUCUUGACAAUUUGGGUUGGUUUAUAUGUAUAGUACACUACAGUCACGUCCAAACAUCUGUAAAUACUUAAUAUGACCAGUUAACAUUUGAUAUCCAAAUUUUUUUUUUUUUUCAACGUGCUUCGAUAAAACAUUAAUUGUAUAUUCUACUAUUUUAAAAUAUAAUAUAGCCAGAGUUUGAAUAUAUUAUUAUGAAACACAAAAUAACUUAUCCCUCUCCCUGAAUGUUGAUUUCUCAAAAUAAAACAAGAAAUUAAUCUUUGUUAAUCACAAUGAAAUAAAAAUGUAAUAACAGAUAGAAACAAAGAAUUGUAUAUGUCUAUAUACUUUAUUUUUGUCAUCAUUAAUAAUUUUAGAACCAUGUAAUGACAUAAAAACUAUGGGUGAAAAAGUAUUAAUAUCCUAGGACAUGCAAAUUGUGUUUGGUUAAGCACCCCCAAAAAAAAAAUAAAUUUGGGUGUUGAAAAGCUAAUUGUUAUUAGUUUUAUAUUUUAAGAUUUACAUGGUGUGUGUGUGUGUGUUCAUGCAUUUGUAUUAUAAAUAUUGUAUAAUAUUUUUUUAGCUUGAAUUAUUUAUUGUUUUAGAUAUAAUAUCAAUUAGUAAUAAUAAAUACUGUACAGUUGAAACUAAAGAAGACAAUAUUUUUGAAGGUCCAAUUUUUGAUAUUAAAUUUUCAAAUCCAAAUGGUAAUAUAGAAAAAAUAUAUACAUAUAUGUAUUAAUUUAUAUAAUGUCUAAGAUUUUAGCAAAUAUAACUUAUUUGUGCCCAAGUGAUGAUUUAAAAUUAAAUUAGUAUUAAAAAUGUAUUUGUAUUUGAUUUCAUUUAAUUUUUAGAUUUAAUGGUUCGUCAAAAAGCAAAAUUAUUUAUAUUCCGGAAUAAUUCUGAAACAGAUAUAUUAUUGGAUAAUAAAAUAAUUUAUGACAACUAUAAUAUACCAUACACAGAUGCUGAUAUAACAGCUAAUAAUUUUUUUACUGCUGAUGUUAAACAUGUUCUAAAACAGUGGAAAGACGGGUAAAUUUAUUUUGAAAAAUCAAAGCAAAAUAACAUUUAAGUAUUUUAUAUUAUUAUUUUAAGAAUCUGUAUUCAGGAUAAAUAUUUUGAUGUGGAGUAUGAUCAGUCUGAUUCGUUUCUGCGCAUAAGUUAUUUUCAAAAUCAAUCAGAUAAUAUGAUGGCCAUAAUAAAUAGACAGAAAUUAUACUUAACAGAUUCUCGAGUAAUAUAUAAUUUAUAAAUCUAGAUUUUAUAAUUUAGAAUAUAAACAUGUAUAAUUUUUAGAUUGAUAUUUCUAAACAUUGUUCAGUUUAUGAUCCAAAUACUAUUACAGAAGUGUGUGAAGAAUUAGCAGCGUUAAAAAUUAGUAAUUUGAAUGAACAUAGCAUUUAUGUUGCUACAAACCAUACAGUUUUAACAUUAGAUAGAAGGAUUGGCUUUAUAAAUAAAUCAUACCACAUGCUUUCAAAUCCUCCAUCUUUAAUUACGACACAUAAUUAUGAAAAUGGGUAAGUAGGUAGGUAGUAUUAAAGCUUAAAAAUAAAGAUUAUUUUGAAUAAUUGAAAUACAUUUUUAGGUUAGAGCCAAACGAAAUAUUGUUUUUGGGAACCCACAUUGGAGAGAGUAUUGUUAAUUUAUCUUACACGUCGAUACAAGACGAUUUUCUAGAAUGUAAAACUAUGGUAUCAUCAAUUCCUAAACCAUUAGAGUCAUUGCAUAAUGUUCGAUUACAAGGGCACUGUUUAAAUCCAAUUCUAUUAGAAAGAUUUGCUCGGUGCUUAACUGGUAUCACUGCUAUUGGCACAAACGACAGGGAUUUGAGAUUGUUUAGUAUUAAUUGUGUUGGAGAUUUAUUUGUACAACAAAUAAAUGAUACCACACCCUUAGAUGUGGCUGAAUUUAAAAAAAAUGUUACAAUAAAAUCUCAUAGUAUUCCAAAUCUUAAUUAUUCACAUGUGUUUGAUAUGAGUAAACUAUGGCAUUUAGAAAAACCAAAGAAAAAUGAUGAACAUGAUGUUAAACAAAAUACCUUAUGGAGUAUAUCUAAAAAAGAGAUGACUUCUUAUGUGGACCACUUAGCUCCAUUGUUAUUAUGCCAAUGGGAUAUAGAUGACUUAUCAGAAUGGGGCAAUACGAAUGAUGAUAUUGACACUGCUAAUGAUGAUUCUGAUUGUGACUAUAAGACUAAAGUAAAUUAUUGGUUUAAUAAAAACGACAAUUUGUUAAGGAUGGAAAAACACCCAAAUGCCAAUAUAAAUGUUGAUAGUCAACAAAAUAUUAGUUCAUCUGCAGUUCCUACCAGAUCAGAUCAGGAAGAUGAGAUAAGUGAUAAUUCUAGUUCAGGUGAAUUUUUACACGGAAAUCUUUUUUUUUAAUUUUUUUUUUCAUUAGUUAUAAUAAUAUUUGUUUUAUUAUGUUACAGGGUACACUGUUUCUUUAAAAUCUGAUUAAUUACUGCGAGUAUAUAUAAAUAAUGAGACCAAAUAUUAAUUUAAGUAUGAAAUGUAAUAAUUUGCACAAGUUGAAUAAUUAUUUAACCAAAAGUAAAUUGUAAGUUAUAUAAUUAAAGUAGUUAAUUACUUGUAAAUAAUGUUUAAUUUGUUUAAGUAUAAAUACAUUUAUUUGUGUUCAUGUUAAUAAAACUUGGAAACUGCAAAUAUUCAAUGAUUGUUGAUUUGGUAUGGAUUAGUUUUAUAGUAACAUUAAAAUGGAAAUUGAUUGUUUGGGACAGAAAAUUUACAAUUAGCUAUGGAACAUAGCCAAGUUACUAUGAUAACAUAUGAUAUAUAUUAAUAUUAUUUGAAAUUUGUUUUAACUAGGUAUUUUCAAGCUAAUUUUGUAAUAAUUUUCUUUCUAUGCUAAAACUGAAGUUUUUUUUUUAAGAUAUUAAAUGUAUAUGUACUAUUUAUAGGUAGGUAAGAAUUAUAAAGCUUACAAGUCAUUGAUAAACCUAUGCUAUUGUUUUACCGAAAUAUUUUUAAGCUAAUGUUGUGAUUUCAAACAUUUGGUAAAUUUAAAACUUUCAGAUUUUUUACUGAAUUUUUAUGAUUUUUAUUUAGAAAAGUACUACUGAGAAAAUAUUUUAUAAUUUUCUUAAAGUAAAUACUGUAUAAAUUGAAUAAUAAAGAUGUUGGGAAAUCAGUUAUUUUGAGUAAUGUGAGAAAAAUUAGUUUUUGCUUUAAGAUAGGAUUUUGAUAUUUCACCAACUUAUGAUGUGUCUAUGUAAAAAAGGUGUAUACCUAUGAUUUUUUAGUAAUAUAUCACUGUUUGUAAGGUGCUAUUUUCUGUAAAAAUAUGAAAUCUAAGCAUAAAAAUGGUUAGGGGAGGGUUUGAAAUCACCUAAAAGUGCAUCCUUGAUACUUGUACCAUACAUAUAUAUAAUUUCAUCUCCUUGGUUUCAUUUUGAAGAUUUGUAGGUGCAUAAAGCCAAAGAAAACACUUCUCCACAAUAACAUGGUAAAGUUUAUAUUGAAAUUCAAACAAAAUUGUAUUAUUUUACCUGCUUAUGAAAAAAAAAUUGAAUUUCUGAGUUUGAGUUUUUUUUUUUUUUUUUUUUUGUGUAUAAAAGGAACUGCUAAAAGUGUAUUGUUGAAAAUAUAUACAUAGAUAUAUACACAAGAUAUAUAACACUAAUGAAAUACAAUAAUCUCUAUGUUCGGGAUAAAAGAAAAUAUAAUCAAAAUAGAUUCUGUUCUAUACAAUUGUUAUAGUUACUAAUUGAUUGUUUUUAUAAAUGUAACUUAUUCCAUGGGUGGACUGUGCCAGUUGACUGGUUAGAAAAUACAGACUAGCCUGUCUUCUGUAUUAUUAUUUGGCCCGAGUUAGGAGUAUACCUAUUUGUAAGUAGUUUUUUAUAAGUGGAUUGAAGUGAUAUAUGAUUUUGGUUGAAUUUCAAUAUGAACUUGGACAUGUUCUUGUGGAAUGAGAGUGUUUUUUUAGCUUUGUGCAGCUCUUAGAGGAAUUACAAGUCCUGAUUUAGACAGAGUAUAGUUAAUUCUUUAAUGGCUAAAGUUUGAAGUCUAAUUGAGACUCUAAAGAGUACCAAUUUUCAUAAAUGUUCCACUUUUGUUUUAAUUUUAUAAUUUAAAUUUAAUAUUUUAUAUUAAUAAAAUCAUACAAUUGUUUUAAUGAAUUUAUAUAUUUAUUUUAAGAUCUCAAAUCUGUUUUUGUAUAAUUGUUAUUGUGGUGUUAUUUUAUUUGAAAUGUUCGGAUUUUCUGCACCAUCCCAUUUUGUCACGACCUCCAAACUUUUUGUUAGUUAAAGUUGUUACUACCCCCAAAUUUUUUUUAAAAAAAAGGCCCCUUUUUGGUUAAUUGGUUUAAAAAAUCAAUUCUGAGCUAUCAAAAUAUUAAAAUGUAAAACAUAUCCAAUUUCUCACUAUAAAUAUUGUGUGCUCGAUCAUAAGAGGUUUUAAGACAAAAGUCAAAGUUUAUUAAAAUCAAAUUACACAUAAUCCAUAAUAACAAAAUUGGACUUGACCCAUUUUGACCCUUCACUGAAAUUUUCGGCUAGUGGUUAUUGUGUAAUUACUAAUUUUGUUCUAGUAAACUGAUUUUUUUUUUACUUAAUCCCUUUUGACCGAUCAGCCGAGAUAAUAUAUAUUGAUUAAGUUUAUAUAUCUAAUAUAUUAUAUACUUAUUAAUAUUUUAAAUUUAGUUUUUAACAUGAAAAAUAGGUAAUAAAUAUUAAAAAUAUCAAAAUAUUUGGUAUAAUUUGAAAUAAAAUAACUUGCCUUUAAUUUUGACAACUUCAAUAAAUAUUUUAAAUAUGGUAUUACCUAAAAUUGUUAUUAAAAUAAGUACUUGCUUAAAAACAAAUCAUUUUUCAUUUUUUUGGUUUUCAAUGAAAUCUAUGACCCGAAUAGAUUUUGUCAACACAAUGGUUUUUACAAUAAAAUAACGUGUCUUCUUAGAGAAUUUUCACCAUCAAAAUUUAUUGAAACGUAUCUAACAAAUGUUCGAAAUUCACAAUACUAAUACAAUAAUAAAAUUGUGAUUAUUAUUUUUGUUUAAAAUAUUUUUGGUGAUACAUUGAAUUAUUCACGUAGGUAGUACGUUAAAAGAUUUCGUCCCACGAUACUUUAUUUGAAAAUAAUUUCUAGAUUCCCAAGUCCCAACAGUAUAAAUUGUAGAUAAAUCAUUUUUUUUUUUUUUUUUUUUGAUGAUAUCUGGGUUACUUUGGUUAAAAGUGAAAAAUACACAACUAAAACUAUUCCGAUCAGAAUUGUUUUAAAAUUUCAGGUAUUUAUCUUCGGAUGUAUCGUUCUUUUCAGUGUAUAAAUUAAAUCACUCUGUGCCUUACUUAAUUUCAAAGUUUCCACUUUCCACUUCCAGCUUAUCCAUACGAAAUAUGGACGGUUUUAAAAAAAUUAAAUUUUAUUCUGGAUAUCAAAACAAAUCAGUAGGGAACAGUGGGUGGUCUUCUAUAUUAUUUUCUAAAAUUGUUCAUCAUCGUCUCUAGUCUCUACCCCUCUACUGUAUAUGUAUAAUACCUAGCUAAAAAUGUGUGGGUAGGAGAAUUUUCAGUACUUACGUUAUACUUACUAGCAUAGACACAGUCAACCAUUUGAUAAUUUUAUUAACGUGUAAGCUGCUUAUAGGUUAAGCCGGGUUUACACUAGGAAUUAGGAUAGUAAUCGGCCGAGUCGCUAUAGCUAAUUGCUAAAUCGAGUACUAAAUUGCGCAUAGUGACAGUCCAGUAAAAUUGACUGGUGUAGUCGUCGUUUUAGUAGUGUAUUUUUGUAUAUUUGCUUGAAAAAUGAAUAAAAACAGAAUGGUUUUUGUAUGUAGAAAAGCUGCAUUUUGAUAACCACUGUAGAAUCAAGUGAUUCAACAGAAGAUGAAAUGAGAGUAAAAAGAGAAUUCGGUUAAGGAAAUAGAUGGAGAUGGUAAAUAUUUGGAGUACUCGCAGAGAAUGACGUGACCAAGUUCACAAAUCACACGACAAUGAGUCCGUCCUCCGUCAACGUUUAAUACCCAUUAUUAAUUGCUAUAGCUUAUAAGCGCACUGCGGUUUUGUACUAGAAUAGAUAAUAGUGUAGGGUAGCUAGUCAAAUUCGACCGAGAAAAUAAAACAGUUUUCUAGUGGCACUUUACUAAAACCUUUACUAUAAGUAGAAUCGGGAAUGGAAUCAUUAUACCUAUACUAAUUAAUAAUGGGUAUGUCCACAUUUUUGUGGACCAACAAAUUUUUGCUACUCGCUUGAGUAACUUGGCGGAGUAUAGGUACCUUAUGCCUACCAUAGGCGUGCGUAGAACAUUUCCACUGGGGGUGCAAACCAUCAAAUCACUACAUAUGAAUACCUACCUAAUAACUCGUUAAGGUUCGGAUGUUUUUUUAAAUUGCAUAUUUUUAUCUGUUUAUCCAAUUCAAUGUUGACCCAGAUACAAAUUUGAUUCAUGUUUUACUGAAUAGUGAUAUGUUAGAUUCUGGGUGGAGCGAAGAAGCUUAUAGUUUUACAAAGAUGUUUAGUUUUAAUUUAAUUUAAUUUUUUUUUUUUUUAAUCUGUGCGCAACUUUUCUAUCAGAAGAUUUGCUCGGAUUUCUACGUGUGAUUUCUAAUGCAUACAUACAUAUUACAGUUAUUUAAAGUGCAUAAACGUCCGAACCCUACAAGUAAUAAAUCACUGAAAAAUAAAAAUAAAACAUUAGGAAGUUGUUUAAUAUUAUUCAAUUGUCGUAUAAUAUUUAAAUUUAAUUUAAUUCAGCUUAUAAUAAUAAUAAAAAAAAAAAACAUAUUUAUAUACAUUAUACAUAUAUCAUUGUUUUGGUUUACAAAUUUUCGAAACUUGACGGUAUAGGUUUACAAGUGUCGUACUUGCGAGCAACUCGAACGGGAAGGCGGCGUAAGACGAAGCGACGGCGGUUCGAUCGCUUUGAUGCAGUGAAAAUAGAGGCACGCGGAAGUCGUGACCAGACUGGCAUGGGCACCUAAACCGUGCAUAUAAUAUAAUAGAAAGGAGCGGAGGAGUUUGCAGCGACGGGCCUAAACGGUCUAUAAUGUUAAAAAAAAAAAAAAAAUUUUGACUGAACUCGCUGGGGGUGCGAUUGCAUACCUUGCACCUCCCUCCG